GCGUGGGAAAAAACAACACGGCGACGCCACUUUGCGGCUUCAAUGUCACGAUGGUGGACACCGGCCGACGUGGACGGUGAGAGCGUUCGUCUCCUCGCACUGCGGACGUGGUCUUCCUCCUCCGGCGCCGACGCCAUUGUCACGUGACCACCGCUGCUGCCAUGACAACAGCCAGCCAUCCCCCGCUUUGUUGAAAGCAGGGCUGAAGUUGUGGACUCUGAUGAUCAACAUGUCAGGUCGGUCCUGCAGCGUCUGAGUCAUGGGAAAUGUGGAGAGCCAUCCCGGCGACCAUGCCUUCUUUGGCACAGAGCGUGGCUACUUGUCACGUAAGCACGUGUCGCGGUCUCUCCGCAUCUCCAACAAGCAGUCCAGGCGCUGCCGGCACGCCUCGUCCGGCAAGAUAGAACACCGCAACUCCGAGACCAGCACGCGCUCCAGCAGCACCCCGAGCAUCCCGCAGUCCCUCGCUGAAAGUGGUCUGGAGCCUUUCAAUGAGACCAACGUGCUGCCGGACUUUGGAAGUCCCAUCUGGGUGGACCGUGUGUCCAUGAACCUGAGACCCGGGUCUUUCCACCACGACCUGGCCAGUCCCACGCCGCACGCCAACACCAUGCUCAUCACUCUGCCCGGGCCCACGGCCGAGGAGGUGCAGGAUGAGGACCUGUACGCUGGCGAGGUCACGUACCUCCAGGACACCCGGGGCGUCUCCAAGGAGGCGGUCUGCUUCAAGAAAACGCGAUCCAAGUCGGCAGACACGUGGCGAGACGACAGCCUGGAGUUGUCUCUGUCGGACCUGAGCCAGGAGCACCUGACCAGCACGGAGGAGAUGAUCACUCCGGGCCAGGAGCGGGACCUGACCCACUGUGAAGGCCUCCUACGGUCCGGGCCCGCCGAUGGCCGGGCAAACUCCCUGGACGAGCUGUGCAACCGGAAGACGGCCGGUCUCAGACAACCCCACAGGGCCGAGGACAAGAUGAUCUCGGAGGAGGAGGGCAACAACUACAGCGCCUACACUCUGCCAUGCCGGCGCUCGCAUUGUUUGUCUGAAGGCCGGAGUGGCGCUCAAGCAACUGCAGGUGCCAGCAUGCAGGGCAGGAGGGCCCAGACCAUCCAGGAUGUGACCGCCAGCGAGGGCAGCGAGUACGAGGACAGCGGCAUCGGCGGGGUGACCGCGGAGGCGGACGAGUCCCGCCGCUACAAGACCAUGUCGGCCUCCUUUUCCGUGUGCUCGGCGGCGGGCGUUAGCAUGUUUGCCGGCAGCGACAGCGGGAGCAGCAACGGCGGCGGCGUGCAAGGCGUCUACGAGAACUUCCGUCAGGAGCUGGAGAUGAGCUCCUGCCAGACGGAGAGCGCGGAGGAGGCGGCGCUGAGCGACGAGCAGAGCACUGUGAGCUCCGCCUACCAGUCGGACGCGGCGCAGGGCAUGGUGCGCAAGGCGGGAAGGCUCGCCGUCAAGAACUUCCUGGUGCACAAGAAGAACAAGAAGGUGGAGUCGGCCGCCAGACGCAAGUGGAAGAGCUACUGGGUGUCCCUCAAAGGCUGCACUUUGUUCUUCUACGAGACGGACGGCCGCUCCGCCGUGGACAACAGCAGCGUCCCAAAGCACGCCGUGUGGGUGGAGAACAGCAUCGUGCAGGCGGUGCCAGAACACCCCAAGAAGGACUUUGUCUUCUGUCUCAGCAACUCUCUGGGAGACGCCUUCCUCUUCCAGACGUGCAGCCAGACGGAGCUGGAGAACUGGAUCACGGCCGUGCACUCGGCGUGCGCCACCGCCUUGGCCCGCCUGCACCAGCGCCAGGACCCGGUGCGCCUGCUGGGGGCCGAGACCAAGAAGCUGGAGCAGAAGAUGGACAUGGACGAGAAGAUGAAGAAGAUGGGGCACAUGCAGCUGUCGGCCGUCACCGACGCCAAGAAGAGGAAGACCAUCCUGGAUCAGAUCUUCCUGUGGGAGCAGAACCUGGAGCAGUUCCACAUGGACCUGUUCCGCUGCCGCUGCUACCUGGCCAGCCUGCAGGGCGGCGAGCUUCCCAACCCCAAACGCCUCCUGGCCUUCGCCUCGCGCCCCACCAAGCUGGCCAUGGGGCGGCUGGGCAUCUUCUCCGUGUCUUCCUUCCAUGCGCUGGUGGCGGCGCGCACGGAGACGGGCGUGAGGCGGCGAGCGCACGCCAUGUCCCGCUCAAGCAGCAAGCGCAAGAGCCGCUUCUCCUCGCUGUGGGGUCUGGACACCACGUCCAAAAAGAAGACCAAAGCGCACCCCAGCAUCAACCAGGUGUUUGCCGACGGAGAGGAGCUGGUGAGGACCCUCGCAGACGGAACUUUUGCUGACUCGGCAAAGGAGCUCCAGACCAGCCAGGAGGACUCUGGCAAGACCGUUCCACGGCCCAGCACAGAAAGUGACAUCUGGCUCCCAGACCACCUCACGCCCUCCUGGGUGUGUUUGCCCAGCGAGCAGCCGGUGCUGACCGUCAUCCAGCCGGGGGAGUCGGCGCUCUGCGUGCUGGAGAGCAUCUGCAAGGCCCACCAGCUGGAUCCUACCAAACACUACUUGCGUCUCAAAUUCCUUAUCGAAGGCCAAGUCCAGUUCUACAUCCCCAAACCUGAGGAGGACGUCUGUGACCUGCUCUACAAAGAAGUGGACUUGUGCUCCAAGAUAACAAAAGUGGUGCAGUUUGACCGAGACGAGUCGUGCAUGAUUGGUUACGGUUUCUCCAUCUCAGUGGUGGAGGAGGACCGAGUGCAGCAGCUUUACAUCACAGACGUGCGGGCGGGAGGUCUGGCCUUUGCCAAAGGUCUGAAUGCGGGCGAUGAGAUCCUGGAGCUGAACGGGAAGGAGGCCCACAGUCUCAACUUCUCCGACAUGAAGGCGGCGUUCUCCCGCUCCUCCCUGGCGCUGACCGUCAACACGCUGCCUCCCUUGGAGCGCCGCCAGCUCUGCUUCCUGCCGCCACGCCGCUCAGACGUGGAGGAGGACCUCUACACGGACAUCUUCUCCCAGAGUCAAGAAGAGAUCCUGGAUGAUGGUGUGGGGCUGCUGCUGGAGAGUUCCGGGGACAGUUUGGACGAGGACUCUGAGAUCUUCGGUCAGUUUGACGCGUGCAGAAAGAACACGGAGCAGGUGGCCGCUUUCUGCCGCAGCCUGCAUGACAUGAAUCCCCCGGAGAGCGUGUCCUCCUCCUCGCCCAGCCCGGACUCGCCCCUCCCGCCGCCCGUCGCCGCUCUGCGCCAGCUCUCGGACGCCGACAAGCUGCGCAAAGUCAUCAGCGAGCUGGUGGAAACGGAGCGCGCCUACGUCAAAGACCUCAACUGCCUGAUUGGGAGAUAUUUGAGUCCGCUGCAGAAAGAGACCUUUCUCACUCAGGAUGAGCUGGAUGUUCUCUUUGGGAAUCUGCCAGAAAUGUUGGAGUUCCAGGUGGAGUUCCUCAAGACCCUGGAGGACGGCACCAGACUGGUUCCAGAUGUGGAGAAGCUGGAGAGAGUGGAGCAGUUUAAGAAAAUCCUUUUCUCCCUGGGAGGAUCCUUCCUGUACUACGCAGACCGCUUCAAGAUCUACAGCGCUUUCUGUGCCAGCCACACCAAAGUCCCCAAGGUCCUGGUUAAAGCCAAGAGCGAUGGCGACUUCAAGGCCUUCCUGGACGAGCGCAACCCCAAGCAGCAGCACUCGUCCACACUGGAGUCGUACCUGAUCAAGCCCAUCCAGAGAGUGCUGAAGUAUCCUCUCCUGCUCAAGGAACUGUACUCGCUCACUGACCCGGACAGCGAGGAGCAUUACCACCUGGACGUCGCCAUGAAGGCCAUGAACAAGGUGGCCAGCCACAUCAACGAGAUGCAGAAGAUCCACGAGGAGUUCGGCGCCGUGUUCGACCAGCUCAUCACCGAGCAGAGCACGGACAAGAAGGAGGUGGCGGACUUGUCCAUGGGAGACCUGCUGCUGCACACCUGCGUGUCCUGGAUCAACCCACCUGCUUCCUUGGGGAAGUGGAAGAAAGAACCCCCGGUGGCCACUUUUGUCUUCAAGACAGCGGUGGUGUUCGUGUGCAAGGACGGCUCCAAACAGAAAAAGAAGAUAGGUGGCUCUCAUCGAGCGUCGAUGUCUUCCGAAGAAAAAGACGCCUUCCGAUAUCGUCACAUGAUCCCCACACACGCCCUGCAAGUGCGCGCGCUAGCUAACGCAGAUGGCGAAGGAACGUCCGUGUGUGAGAUCGUCCACACCAAGUCUGAAUCUGAGGGAAGGCCAGAAAGAACAUUCCAGCUGUGUUGUAGCUCGGCAGAGAGCCGCAAGGACCUGCUGAAGACGGUGCACUCCAUCCUGCGAGAGAAGCACCGGCGGCAGCUGCUGAAGACGGAGAGUCUUCCCCUCAGCCAGCAGUACGUGCCCUUCGGAGGGAAGCGUCUUUGUGCUCUGAAGGGCGCUCGGCCCGUCAUCAACCGUGCAGCGUCGGCACCAACGCGGACGUUAGGACGCAGGAAGCUGGUGAGGAACCGCUUCACCAUCGACACCGACAUGGUUCUCGACGGCGAGCCCGAGCGGGACUCGGCCUCGCCUCAAGACGGCGAGCGAGCGCGGCAGACGUCAGAGGAGUCGGGCGACACGGACCGCUGGGUGGAGGAGCAGUUUGACCUGAAAGAGUACGAAGACCCCGACAAGGAGACGGACAUCCUGAGCGACGAGGACGAGGAGCUAGCACGACGCUCGCGGGCGCCCGCCAGGACCGACCUGGAGGCUUCGCUGGCGCCGCUGUCUCUGGAGGGAAGCCGGGCAGCGGCCAUGUUGGACCAGGACACGGGCGUGUGGGUGCGGCGGGAGCAUCCGGCAUGAAGCGCAUCUUCUUGGCAACGAGCGAUGAAACAUCACGUAGAACUAAUAAUGGUACAAUCACUUAUGUUUGCACACUCGGGCGGCGCUCUCAGGCCACGCCUCUCUUGCCAAAUGUUCGCCAUUUGAUUUCUUCUCGGCCUGGCUGAUAAAUCCAUUUCAUCCAUUCAUUUCACUUUCCAAAAUCCAUGUUUUUUUCUUUUCUUUAGACAGAGUCACACACACGGCUGGCAAAAUAUGGCUGACGCUAACGCAAACCAGACGUUUGCUCCAAAGAAAAGAAAAGUGUUGUCGGUGGUUUGGUUUUGCUGCAGCAGGCGUGGAACAAACGGCCUCACGCUGCAAACUUUGUCUGACCCGAAGCAGAAUUGAAACUCUUUACCAGGGCCGAUAAAAGUCCAACAGGAAAAAAGUCAUUUUUAUCUACACAUUAAUACUAUACAAAACUGUAUUUUCAUUUACACAAAUUCUUCAUUUGAAAAUGUUGUCACACAUAGGGAGCUCUUUAAUAACUAUUUGAUUUAUUAAUUUGAGCAAAAUCAAGUUCAAGUACCUCGGAGUCUUGUUCACGAGUGGGGGAAGAGUGGAUCGUGAGAUCGACAGGCGGAUCGGUGCGGCGUUUUCAGUAAUGCGGACGCUGUAUCGAUCCGUUGUGGUGAAGAAGGAGCUGAGCCGGAAGGCAAAGCUCUCGAUUUACCGGUCGAUCUACGUUCCCAUCCUCACCUAUGGUCAUGAGCUUUGGGUCAUGACCGAAAGGACAAGAUCACGGGUACAAGCGGCCCAAAUGAGUUUCCUCCGCCGAGUGGCGGGGCUCUCCCUUAGAGAUAGGGUGAGAAGCUCUGUCAUCCGGGGGGAGCUCAAAGUAAAGCCGCUGCUCCUCCACAUGGAGAGGAGCCAGAUGAGGUGGUUCGGGCAUCUGGUCAGGAUGCCACCCGAACGCCUCCCUAGGAAGGUGUUUCGGGCACGUCCGACCGGUAGGAGGCCACGGGGAAGACCCAGGACACGCUGGGAAGACUAUGUCUCCCGGCUGGCCUGGGAACGCCUCGGGAUCCCCCGGGAGGAGCUGGACGAAGUGGCUGGGGAGAGGGAAGUCUGGGCUUCCCUGCUUAGGCUGCUGCCCCCGCGACCCGACCUCGGAUAAGCGGAAGAAGAUGGAUGGAUGGAUGGAAUUUGAGCAAAAUCAUCUCAGUAAAUAUGCCAGGAUUAUCAACACUAACUACAAUUCAUUUCUUUACUUAUCUCAAAUCCUUUUCAAUCAUUUUACCCUCCUGAUUUAAUAUCUAUUUCAUUUAUUUAUUUGAGCAAAAGCAUCUCAGUAAAUAUGCCAGGAUGAUCAACACUAGCUACAAUUCAUCUGUUUAAUUUUUGCAAAUAAUUUUAAAUUUCUAUUUAAUAAAUACUUGAUUUAUUUAUUUGAGCAAAAGCAUCUGAGUAAAUAUGCCAGGAUGAUCAACACUAGCUACAAUUCAUCUGUUAACUUUUUUCAAAUCAUUUUCCACAACGUUGACUUUUUUAAACAAUUUUACACAAAGUUCAAAUGAUAUCUCUUCUGAAAAGAGCCCACUUUGUUCAUUUGAAUGUUGCUAAGAUGCGAUGUAUGCAGUUUUUGAUGAAAUAAAAGUGAAACUAGUGUGAAUGAUGUCAUUGGUAUGAAGUGGUUUCUUUCAAAAGUAAGGGAAUAAAUAAAAAAGUAUAUAUUUUUAGGCUGUAAAUAAUAGCAAGUUCUUGUCUGGCGUAGUUGACUCAAAUAUUUACUUUAUUAGCCCGCUUUUGUUGCGUUCAUGAGCGUAUUUAUGGUAACACUUUGUGUCAACACUUUGGGAAUCAAACAUAAUCCUGUCGGACUUGAAUAUUCUUUCAUGUUUCUCAGCCUUCCUUCCUUAUAGUUAACUUUCUCGCGAGCGCCGCUGUCGAGGAUUUGCACAUGAGCUGUGAAAACGUGUCGAAUGGUCUUCACGUUUUGUUUUUGUUUCAUAUUUAUUGAUUUGUAAAUGUUUUUGUUAGCAAGAGUAAUUGAUUUUUUUUCUUUUUAUAGACGCUCCAAAUGUGCUGAAGCAAUCACAGACGUGCAGUUUGUAGUCCAAAUGUGCUUUGCUUUUCUUUUGUUACUGAAGUGUACAUAGCACACUUAUUGAUAGCAUAAUAAAGACACUUGUUUCCUA